AUGUUUGUAAAGUUCCAUCUGGAUCAACUUGGAUGUACUGUAAGAAAGUUCAAAGAUAACAGACCUGGUCCAGACUGGGCAAAAUCUUUUUUAAAAAGGCACAAAACUAGUUUGACUUUAAGAAUGUGUCAAAACAUCAAGCGAAAUAGAGCUGAUAUUAACAGCUUUUUUGACAAUUUUAGCAAAACUGUAGAAGGCGUUCCUCCAAGCAAUAUCAUAAAUUAUGAUGAAACAAAUUUAAGUGAUGACCCUGGAAGAAAAAAGAUUAUUUGUAAACGAGGUACUAAGUACCCAGAAAGGAUAAUGAACCAAACUAAAUGUUCAACAACGGUGAUGUUUGCUGCUGCUGCAGAUGGAAAACUUCUACCCCCCUAUGUAAUCUAUAAAUCACUACAAUUGUAUGACACAUGGACUGAAGGUGGCCCUAUAGGCACAAGAUAUAACAGAACACCAUUUUUUUGA